CCGGAAAUUGUAUUCAGACUUCAAGCCAUUUACUCGCCAUAUUGUCAUCAUUUCCCCUUCUGUUUGCUUACCUGAUUUCCUCACGUCUCCGCUAGCAAACGGAUUGCAUCUGAGCCCUUCAACUUCCACCAUGUCAUACGUCGACAAUCUCUCGGGCCAGUUUGGGGAGCUCGGACUUGGAGCAUCUCAGUCCCAUCAGCCUCCUCCCCCCUCGGGACAGCAUGACAACUAUGGCUACCACUCCGCCAACCGAGACGACGCCCCUCCUGCUCAGUUCUAUGCCUCUCCCCCUCAGCCAACAUACCAGCCUCCCUCUGACAAGCCGCCUCUCCCUCAAGGCUGGAUCCCCCUCUUUGACCAGAGCCGCCAGCGGUGGUACUACGCCAACCAGGAGACGGGCGUGACCCAGUGGGAGGCCCCCGGCUACGUUGCCCCCCCUCCACGACCGCCCAUGGAGACGUAUCCGAGCGAGGACUCUCGCGGCAGUGGUCACUCACCGUAUCCCCCGGCUGUACCCUAUGGACACACUCCAGGAGGCUAUUCGGCUCCUCCAGGACCUCCCCCAUCCGCAUCCUAUGGCGCGCCGCCGCCUAUGCCCCCAGCUGGCUACGGCGCUCCAGCAGGAGAGUACGGUGGCCACGGCGAAUAUGGCGGUCAAGGCGAAGAAGAAAAGAAGAAGAAGAAGAAGUCGUCUGGAAGCAGCGGCCUGCUUCUCGGAGCCGCGGGAGGUGUUGCCGCCGGCCUCGUUGGCGGGGCCCUCUUGCAUCACGCCUUGGAGGAUGACAGUAGCAGCGACGAAGAGAGACCGCAUUACGCGCCUCAGCCGGUAAUCAUCAACGAAUACAACAACGACUACGAUAAUGACUACAGCGGCGGCCCACCCGCCGUCCUCCCCACGACAGACGCAGACGGUAACUCGGUGUCGUCAAGCGAUCGCGAGUCGGUCCAGGAGGCGCGAGAGGAGUACGAGGAAGCGCUUGCGGAUGUCCAGGAUUCAGAUGCCAGCAGUAGUGAUUAUGAGGAGCUGGAGGAGGCUAGGGAAGAGUAUGAGGAGGAGUACGAGGAGACUUACGAGGAUUGAGGUGGAAGUUUGCCGUUACCUAC